AUGGCUGGUAAUUUUGACAAUAUUCUAAAAACUAUUCAAAAGAUAUGCUUGGCUCUAUCCUAUAUUUUGAAUAUUCAAUUAAUUUUCCUGAUUUUAUUCAAAUCUCCAAAAAGUUUUGGAUCUUAUCGAGUUUUGAUGAUUUACAUAUCAGUCACAAAUGUCAUCUACUCAAAUUCUAUUAUUUUUGUCUCACCAGUAAGUAUUCAACAGUUCAUUUAAUAGAUUCGUAUUUAUUUUUAGACAAUUCAUUCCUUUGAAUCAUCAUACGCGGCAUUCAUUAAUAUUAAUAAUACUUUGCUGAAAAAUCGCGAAGUUAUCAGAAUUCUUCUUGAUGCUUGGUGUGCCAUGUUUGGAACAUUUAUGGGAAUGUUUGCACUUCAAUAUAUUUAUCGAUAUUUUGUUAUAAUGAAUAAUACAAAAAUGUUGAACACUUUUAAUUCUUAUAAAAUCAUAAUUUGGAUGUCCCUUCCUCUAAUUUAUAUGACAGUUUGGGGUACCGUAUGCUAUUACUAUUUUGCUCCAAAUUCUGAAUUCACAGAAUAUUUAAGACAGAAUAUUUUGAAUGUAUACGGUUUUCAAAUGGACGAUGUGGUUUAUGUUGGUGUUCAUCUUUACUCAACGGAUAAAUAUGGGAAAACUAUCAUUGAUUGGGAUGCUAUCAUCGGUGUAAUUAUAAUUUGGGCUUUCCUAAUGUCUUCGUUGAUAAUUAUUAUAUAUUUUGGUGUCUCAUGUCAUUCUAAAAUUAAAAAGAAAUCAAACGCGGGUUCUCGAAAGAAUACUAAUUUUCAAAUGCGAGUUUUUACCUCGCUUGUUGUUCAAACUCUUGUUCCAGUUUUUCUAAUGCAUACACCCGUCUCAGUUAUAUUUCUUUUUGCAUUCUUACAAUUUGAUACUACGAUAUUAACAUUUCUGGUUGUGAUAGCGGUUGCUAUAUUUCCUGUUGUUAAUCCAAUUCCAAUAAUGUUGAUUAUUCCUGAUUAUCGUUUUGCUAUUUUCAAAUGUUGUCGAAGAGAUAUGAACCAAAAACAGAUAAAUUCAAUCACAGUACAUCAUUUAACUGCUCCGCCUUCGAAAAUUACCGCGAAUGAAGAUAACUCGUGA